CGCCGGUCUCGCACACGGCUGCGAAACCUAGGGCGCUGGUGCACCUAUCUACCCCGGUGCACCUACCUACCCCAGUGCGUGAGAGAGCUCGGAUAGCUGGGCCCGGGAUCGACUGCACGCCCCAGCUGCGGCCGUAGAGUCCUUAUUUUCUCUUCUCCCACACGGGGCGUGGCUUAGUCGGUGUCAAAGCCUGCAGCCCGUCCGGUCGCCAGGGUCCUUGCACCAAAGGACCACCCAUUCACCUUACCUCUGGGGCGAUGUGCAGGCCAGUUAGAAACCCUCAGAUCUCUUCCCCAUUUUCUCCCCCUCGGGGGGCCCUGUGGGCAGCCCAGGGCUUCACAGGGUCAGGGCUGAGUACAGAAGUUGGGGGACGGCUGCUACUCAGAUUCGGACUCAUGAGGAGCCGCCCCAAUCCCAGGCACGGAUUCCACUCCCCGUGGUGGUCGGGACUCCUUGCUAGUGUCCUCUCAUCGGGAACUGGACCAUUCAGCGUGAUCAUGAGUCACAAAGCCCUAGCUAGGGCCUUGGGGGGCACCACGGGGCGGGGUCUGGGGCCCCACCCCGAGGCGGGGUGACGCCCGCGUUCACUUCACAAGGCAGAAAUUGUUACCUAGGCAAUAAAGGGCACCGCGGCGGUGGGGGCCCGGGAGUGGGCACAUGGGGGUGGGGGUGUGCAGGUGCCAAGUGCCAUGGGUUAGGCCCGAGAUAGGAGUCCGGCUGCCCACCGACAGCAGCCGCCUCCUGCUCCCCACGCGCUUCAGGCGCCACCAUGUCGGGCGACAAGCUUCUGAGCGAACUCGGCUAUAAACUGGGCCGCACGAUAGGCGAGGGCAGUUACUCCAAGGUGAAGGUGGCCACGUCCAAGAAAUACAAGGGCCCGGUGGCCAUCAAGGUGGUGGACCGGCGGCGCGCGCCGCCAGACUUCGUCAACAAGUUCCUGCCACGCGAGUUGUCCAUCCUUCGGGGCGUGCGGCACCCGCACAUCGUGCACGUCUUCGAGUUCAUCGAGGUGUGCAACGGGAAGCUGUACAUCGUGAUGGAGGCGGCCGCCACCGACCUACUGCAGGCCGUGCAGCGAAACGGGCGCAUCCCCGGGGGGCAGGCACGCGACCUCUUCGGGCAGAUUGCCGGUGCUGUGCGCUACCUGCACGACCACCACCUGGUGCACCGCGACCUCAAGUGCGAAAACGUGCUGCUGAGCCCUGAUGAACGCCGCGUCAAGCUCACUGACUUCGGCUUCGGCCGUCAGGCGCAUGGCUACCCCGACCUGAGCACCACCUACUGCGGCUCGGCCGCCUACGCGUCGCCCGAGGUACUCCUCGGCAUCCCCUACGACCCCAAGAAGUACGACAUAUGGAGCCUGGGUGUUGUGCUCUACGUCAUGGUCACCGGGUGUAUGCCCUUCGACGACUCCGACAUCGCCGGCCUGCCCCGGCGUCAGAAGCGCGGCGUUCUCUACCCCGAUGGCCUCGAGCUGUCUGAGCACUGCAAGGCCCUAAUAGCCGAGUUGCUGCAGUUCAGCCCGACGGCCAGGCCCUCCGCGAGCCAAGUAGCGCGCAACUGCUGGCUGCGUUCGGAGGACUCCGGCUAGAAGCCGGGGCUCCCACCAUUCCUGCCGCCCCGAGCACUGCGCAAGCGCAGCGCACGCGCAAGAAGCGCGCUUCCGGAGUUCCGCGAAGCCGCCGCGCGACACUGCGCACCCGCCCUUUCCUCUUUGCCACUUCGACGC